AUGGUUUGUGUGAAGUUUGGCUUGGCACAGAUCCGUCAAAAGGGCCCUGCCCCAGAGGGGUUUAAGUGGGCCAAUGCGGGACAAGCUGGGGAGCAACCUGACAGGCUGGAACAAUGGUUAACAAUCAUGCAGACCGCUUACGCCAUUCUAAACUCAGAGGAGGACAGACUCAGAGCUGAGCGGGACACAGCCAGAGCUGAGCGGGACAGAGCCAGAGCUGAGCUGGAGGCCACAUCUCAGGAAUUGACCCAGAUACGAGCUGAGAAGGAGAGGGAAGUCCUCAUAGCGGAUUCUGAGCGGUCCAAGAAACAGCGGCUGAAGGGCGAGUUGGAUCAGCAGAAGCAAAGGGCGGACUCACUGCAGCAUGAGGUAACGGGGCUGAGGGUGGAGAAUACCAGCCUAAGAGAAGAGAAGACGGAGCUGCAGCAGACAAUCGAAAGACUUAAAAGAGAGCUUAAAGAACUACAGGUUCCAGUCAAACCCCCCCCAAGCUCUGGUGUUGAUCCUCCAAACCCGUCCUCGGGGACCAAAAAACAACCUGAGGGUGGAGUCCCUAGCUCUGAAGAACGUUCCACUCCCGUGGCUCAACCUUCCUCGUUGGAGCAACCGGGUGAAGUCCUCUCUGUCGAACCUUCCACUGCCGUGGCUGGACCUUCGUCGGUGGAGCAACCGGUGGAGCAACCGGUGGAGCAACCGGUGAGUGUCACAUAA